AGGAGCUUGCGCACGCGAGCCUUUUUUCCGGACUUCCGCUAGAUAUAUCAGUACUAGGCUCAUGAUUUAUUGUUUCAAAUCCGUAUCCGGAAUUAUUUCUAUUUGUGUUUAGCAGCCUGAUGUCCUAGUCGAGUUGACGUAUUAGAUUUACUAAAAAGGUAGUACGUGUGAAUAUCUUCUAGUCGACCGCUUGUAAGUACCACCAAUAACAAUCACACGAAUUCGGCAUAGCUGGCGCAUCAAAUCAGGUGUGAUCAUGGAAACAUCGAUGACCAUGAUGAAGAUGUUUGAUCAAACCGGCGAUCAACACCCGACUUGUGUCACGCCAAGAUGAAAGCAGGGACGGAAAAGUUAUUUGGCAUGGCGGCUGAUGAACAAGCCGAGCGGCAGCGGCAGCCCGCGACCACCCGUUUUUUCGCGACCGUCCUGGCAUAUUGCAGUAGUUGUGCACGCAGAACACGAAGCGUGGUGCGUCCUCUUGUGGAUCCUUUCGACAGGAAAACCACGUGGACAACCGCGGGCGUGUUGCGAACACUCUUUCCUUGCUUUUUCAACCGCCGUAAUGCUAGUGCGCAGCAGGGAGAGGGACACGCGCAGCGCUCCGGACCAGCUCCGCUGGCUUCGGGCGCAGCGGUCGCACCGGAAGAUGCGGCAGCUCGCAGCACACAGGGCACCUACAACACCGUUGGGGCGGCGCGACAGAGCAACAGCAAUAGGCAGCAAGAGCACCACCUUCUUGCCCCACCUCGUGGUCCUACCACCGCUGCAAUAUCAAGCGGGAAGCGCAAGUCCUGCUCGGAUUUUUGCAAGUGGCUUUGGAGCCUGUUUUUGCUUCUGUGUUUCCCGCUCGUCCUCGUGAUUUGGACCCUGCUUUGGGGGGAAACGAACAACGUACUUACGGUGCGCGACCUCUCCGGCGAGGUCACGUUUAUCCCACUCACGCUGGAAUUUCUAUUGUUUUACCUUGCGAAGCAGGUUUGCGGGGUCUACUCGGUAUUCUGGCUCUGCAGAAGUGCAAUGGUGGUGGUUCGCCCUGCAGAAUCGAAUAAAAGGAAACGCGAACUGGCGGAGCAAGCCAACAUGAUGACAGCAUCAACUAGAUACCAUUUAAAAACGCCUAACAACGCGGCUCCUGCCGUGACCGCCGAAGAUGAACAUCCUGUGGGUUCUGGUGUCGACAGUCAGGGUUCAGUUCGGCUGAUGUCCCCUAGCUCAUCUAACUCCGACAUCGACGGACAAGCAGCAGCGCGAACAUUUGGCGCUAGUAAAACAGCAAUAUCGUGUCCUGCAGCGUGUGCAUUGACCCCGUUGCCUGUCUUGUACACCAUCGGAGCCUCGUGCUCCCUUGCGACCCAGAUCGGGUACUGCGUCAUCGCUUUUGCGGCAGCAAAAACGACGGCGACUACAGCUGCAUAUUCUCCACCCCCUCCUGCCGUCGUGCCUGGGUCAACAUUCGGCGCCGAGGUAAUUUUUCUGUUCUGCCUGCUGUUUCUUUUUUCCAGCUACUUCCUGUGGCUGCAAUACGUGUUCCUGCGCAAAGUUCUGCAGCGCGGGGGUGCUACAGCUUCUGUGACUGACGGUUUCCAGCCGGACGGAGCGAACCAAGGUGCAACAGGAGGAGGAGCUGCCGCAGAAUUCGUCUACCUGAAGCGCGACAGCUUGAUGUCCCGAGCGGUGAUCACUAUUUUGAUCCUCUCGGCGAUCUGCGACCUGUGUUUUUUCCGCGGGGUAUUGGUCUCCUGGGUCUCCUUUUCGCAUCCGGACCUGACAAGACCCUACUACGGCUUCUUCGCCGAUUUGACGAGAACGGCAGCAACUAGUAACGGGGCUGCGCAACUACAGGAACAGCCGACUUUGACCCGUCGGAUCUCAUCCCAGGUCCUCCUCCAGCAGCAGCAGGAGGUGUUUUGGUGUUUUUGCACGAAAGCAGUCGUAGUGAUUCUCUGGUGUUGCGGCUUCCUGUUCGCCGGCUUUCUGGCUUUCCUCCACAGCGCCGCGUUCUUGACCUAUUUGCGAGGGGCCGCACCGGGAGUAGAGCUACAGAUUGCGCGGGACGAAAAGCUGAGGAGAAGUGCAAGUUCCGGGCUUGAUACUUUUUCGUCAUCCAAACCUCACGAAUACCACCGCGACAAGGAGGAGCAGGAAGAACAGUGCGGCCAUUUUCAACCGCGAGAUGACGGCAGCCACACUCAACAUGCACGUCCACCUGAGACAGGCACGAUUGCUCGUAAGGAAGACAAAGUUCUGAUCACCAUCGAGGACGAGGAAAGACGAAACCCCAAACUUUUAGUUGCAGUGAGUUUCUUCACUCUGACAACCCUCUACCUUACCAUGGUCGGUCUCUACAGCCCCGCGGGCACCUUUCCCCUCCCCCGCGGCUUUUUUAACCUGGACUUUGAGCUGUUAGUGACCGAAAGCCACCAAAUUCGCCCCAGCGUCGGUUUCUCGCAGAUGUACGACCUGUGUGUGUCCUUCUUCUUGCGUGGCGGCCUCGCCACGUUCUUUUUCUGCAGCGUGGCAUGUGGAACCACCGCGUGCCAUCGUAGCGGACAUGGAGCAAGUUGUGUUAAAAAGUACGGGAAGAGCAGAAUCAGCAUAGUGCGAAAAGAAGAGGAGCGGGUGGAAGUGGAUCAGGGUCACCAGCACUUUGCUGCAGAGGAUGGAACGCCAAGGCCGAGGUUGUUCUCUUCAUCCGCAACGGAUGAGCAACAAAUAGGAGCCGGUCAGCCCGCAGUGCGGACAUCACCACGUUCCGCAAAUAAAACUCCAGUGCGCCGGGAAGCGUCAUGUUUGGGAGAACAAGAUGCAGCGCUGAGCGGCGAUCUUCGACAUCACCAGGCAGCUGCUCCGACAGGAGCCGUCAACAACCUUUCUCUCCCUGCAACACUGACACGACAAAUGGAAAGUGUUCCCACAGCCGCAAGCAGGUCACCUUCAGGCUCGCACAUGAUUAGGCGAGAAAACCAGACCCUCGAGCAGCCGACGACCCCCGCCUCGGCGAAGAUCAUAAACUCGUCGCGUCAAGAUGAUUAUCUCGAUCUUCCUCAUCGCACAGUGUACCAAGAACACGAGGCUGAGAUAUUCAACCGCCCAUCUUCUUGUCAUCCCGUUCCAGUGACGGCACGACUACAACAUGAUCAUGAUGAUCUCCAGCCUAUCUCGAACCACACUCUUCCCUUCCGCAUGGUGCUGCUGGUCACGAGUUUCGUCUUGCUUUUCUUCAGGCACUUCUUUUUCGAGCUCAUACCGGCGUUUAGUUUUCACGGGGGGCACGACGUUUGGCUGCAUUUGCUGCGGCACGUGAUCGCGUUGCUGCUCUACUCGGGACAGGUGCUGUUUGCGCUGAAAUACCUGCACUUGCAAGAGCAGGUCAAGGCGUUGCAGAGGAGGCUGACGAUUUUGGUGAACAGGAGACGUAGACUUCUGUGUGCAGUAGAUGAAGAGCGGGAACGUUCUAGUAGCGCCCACAACCGCCCAGAGCAACUCUCUGUCGCGGAUAGCGUGACCACGAUGACGCCACAGCAAACCAAUCAUAAUGACCAUGUCGGAACUUCUGGAUCAAAGGAUGCCGGUCUCUUCACGAAUACCAGCAACGUCAUGUCAAGACGACCGUCCUUGCGCGGAAGCUCGGCUUCGGUGCAUCGAGAUCGCUUUGUUGUUGAGCAGACCGACCAUAACCAUUUAGCACACUCCGAGCAGGAGGAGCAAAACACCAGUCUGCUUGCCGCACGCGCGGCUGAGCCACCGGAUGAGGACGGGCACCGAACAAGACGUGAAGAAAUACUAGACGGAGGACAAGCUGCAGCCGCCGUGGAUUCUUCUCCUUCUUCGUCGUCACGAGCACCAGAGCAGGUGCCACUUCCAAAUCAUUUUUCCAUCGGGUACGGCGACAGAAAUAUUAACCGGGAAAAAGAUCGGCCGAGAUCAUCCUCUUCCUCACCGCGUCAAGACGAGAGAUCCUCCGAUCGACGACCGAGCAUGAUGUUGCCUGUGCUCGCCCGAGAGAUGAACAAACACCCUGAGGCAGAUACGUCUUCAUCCCCUCCUCGUCCUACCCCACGACUGCGCGCCGCACCGCGUUCAUCAACAGUCACGACCACGUUCCAGAUCACGCAAAACACGUCAACCACGCCGGGAUUCGGACUGAUCGCGACUUUGUCGUUCCUCUUCGCCGACUCGGUCUGCCGCAACACCUGUGUGGCGAUCGAAGACAGCUUGGCAAAAGAUCCCAGCCAUUUGUACGGAAACACGCGGUGCUGCGACUACCCCGGGUUUCGUGUUCAACAAGAGGGGUUCUACAAUAACAAGGCGAUGCUAAAGGAACUGGAAAAAAUCGCCGUACUGGUGGAGAAUGCAGAUAGAAAUGAGAGCGACCCCGCGGCAUUUGGGAACAAGAGCGACGGACUCCUCCAGAACGGCCCAGAAGAGAACGCAAAGAACGAAGAGAAAAAGAACGACCUGAAAAGUGGCGAAGAUGCAGGUCUGCCGCAGUCCGUACUGACGAAGCUCGGGCGUGCUGAUUUUAUCGAUCAGACACGUUUGUGGCUCGAGCAGAAUGUUUGCGUCGCAAGGCGAAGCAGUCGGGCGGGAGCGAACGGCUCCUAUCUUGCGCGAAGCGAAGAUGGCCUGUGGGACAUAGGCGACGAUGUCCGUACGCCCUCUAUUUUCACGGGACCAGUACUUGAUAGCGACGGUGGCCUCGGCGGAAAAGAAAAACCUCCGGAUAAAGAAUCGUCUUCAGUCUUCGAUGACGCCGAUGAAUCAGACGCGCUUCGCGAGCAAGACGACAAGACAAAACCGCAACGGGGCCUGAUUCUUGCACCAUCGUUGCAGGGAACAAAAGCGUUUGACGAGCUUCUGGGAAGGGUCAAGCAAGCGUUUUAUUACGACCAGAACCCGCGGAGUCUAGAACUGCUGUUCUUCUUCAUCUGCCUGGUGUUGUUCCUGGGGUGAUAGAUCGACGAGGAAGCUGCGCCAAGUUAGCGCUAUUGUUCAUUGACAUUGAGCAAGAUGGUAGAAAAAUUUCUGUUUUUUCCCACAUGUUCCGUUUUUUACUUUCCACACGUGCGCUGGGCCCGUCGCCCUACCUCUAUCAUUUUUAUUGACAUCUACAUCUACCGCGACACAUUGAGCGCCAGUAACAUACGUUGUUUUUUUGGCUAGGAGGAGUAGCAUCAUCUAGAUCAUCUCCACUUCAUGAAUAAUUUAAUGACCAGACUUUUUCGCACCCGCAUAUUUCAUUUAUCAAACGACCGCCGUCGCCUUGGUGAAGAUGAUGACCGACGAUGUGGUUGAGGUCCACCUCGUGAUCAACAAUUUUCUGCCGUGAUGCGACACAUAGCAAUGAAACGACAGUGCAGACGAGCAGCGUCUACCGUUGCCACCGAUUAGCUAAGUGAGUACCAUCGACCGAGUCUUCAAUGUCUGUGCCAUUGCUGU